AUGGAGGAGUUUGACGGCGCCAUUGGCAUCGAUCUCGGAACGACGUACUCGUGCGUGGCGAUCUUCCGCAACGACGCGGUCGAAGUUGUUCCCAACGAUCAGGGCAACCGCACAACGCCGUCAUGUGUGGCCUUCUACAACGAGGAGGUGUUGGUGGGCGACAGCGCGAAGCAGUUGGCCUCCCGCGGGGUGAAGGGCGUUGUGUACGACGCCAAGCGUAUGAUUGGUCGCCGGUUCAGCGAAAAAACCGUCCGCGAAGACGUGAGGCGGUGGCCGUUUGCCAUCGAGGAGGGCGAGAACGACAGGGUGUUGAUCUGCGUUGAGCACAACGGCGAGACACUGCGCCUGGAGCCCGAGCUGAUCUCCGCGCGGGUGCUCGCGUACCUUAAGACGUGCGCCGAGCAAUUUAUUGGCAUGCGUGUGAAGAAGGCCGUCAUCACGGUGCCCGCGUAUUUCAACGAUGCACAGCGGGAGCGCACGAAGGCCGCCGCACGCAUUGCUAAAUUGGAGGUGCUGCGCAUCAUCAACGAGCCGACCGCGGCGGCGUUGUGCUACGGCCUUGGUCUUGGCUCUGGAGCCGGGGCGCAAGGCACGGAGCGCUCGGUGAAUGUGUUGGUCUUUGAUUUUGGCGGCGGCACGUUUGAUGUGUCUAUCAUCACCAUUGACAAUGGCUCCUUUGCGGUGCGCUCCACGGCGGGCGACACGCAUCUUGGAGGACAGGAUGUGGACGCCGAGCUGCUGCAGCACCUCCUGGAGGACUUGAAGCGUCGUCAUGGUGUGGAUGCCACCACGCAGCCGCGGAUGCUCGCGAAGCUGUUGGCGCGGUGCGAGCAGGCAAAACGCACUUUGUCUCACGCAACGAUGGAAGAAAUUGUGGUGGACGGUGUUUUAGCAAACGGGGAGGAGUACAUUCUGACCCUGUCUCGGGCGAAGCUAGAGGAGUUGUGUUCCAAAAUCUUCGCCCGCUGCAUGGCCGUCGUGCGGAAGGCGAUGAAGGAUGCCGCGAUGACGCCUGAAGAUGUUGAGGAUAUCGUUCUCGUCGGUGGUUCUUCUCGCAUUCCGGCACUACGCGUCAUGCUACAGGAGAUGUUUAAAGGAAAGCGCCUUUGCAGCUCAGUUCACCCUGAUGAGGCGGUGGCGAUUGGCGCCGCCGUGCAGGCGAGCAUCAUCGGCACAGCGGCAGAACAGCAGUCGGAGCGGACGGCCAAUGUUGUCCUAAUGGACGUCGUACCCCUCUCUAUCGGCGUCGAGGUGGACGAUGGCAAGUUCGAUGUCAUCAUUCGCCGCAACACCACCGUACCGUACCGCGCGACGAAGGAGUACAGCACCGUAGAGGACAACCAGGAGGAGGUGGAGGUGCAGGUCUUCGAGGGCGAACGACCACUGACGCGCCACAACCAUAAGCUCGGUGCCUUCAUCCUGGACGGCAUCUCCCACGCCAAGAAGGGUGAACCCACCAUUACGGUAACAUUCAGCGUUGAUGCAGACGGUAUUCUCACCGUCACCGCCUCGGAGGAGCUUGCGAAAGUGCAGAAGACGCUCGUGGUCGAGAAUACCGAGCGCCUUAGCGACGCGGCGGUGCAGCGGAUGCUCGAGGUGGCGCAGGCACUUUCUGAAAAAGAUGCAGUGACAGUGGCCAUCAUGGACGCAACGCAGCGGCUCACGCAUGGCUUCGCGGAACUUGAAGCGGCACUGGGUGCGAUGCCUCUACCCUUGUCAGCGAAGGUUCAGCGUCGGGUGGCGUUUCUGGAGCAUGGCAAAGACUGGCUUGCGAGGCAGCUUCCGACGUACACGGAAACCCAGGUGUUGGAGCGCAAGACUGCGAAGAUCAUGAAACUUCUGCAAAAGGCCAUGAAGACACUUCGGCGCGAGUCUCACGCAGGCAGCGGUGACGAAAACGGCAGCGACAGCAGCGAUGGCGACGAUGGUGAUGGGGACGGCGGCGGAGGGUCACAGGCACGUGAGGCCUCUGCGGGGAGGAAGCGCUCACGCAGCAAUUCAGCCAGUGAUAGGGGCUAG